CGAAUAUCUAGUCCGAUGCAACCUCGCCGCCGCCCAUGUCCCCAACCCGAACCCGUCGGGGGACGGCGGGGGACCCCGAUCUCGUCUCGCCCACGCGCCGGGCGUCUGGCCGCGAGGACAGUGAGGGCGUCCGGCGCCGCAGCUCGAUGGCCUCGCGCCGCAGCGGCAGCCUGGUGCCCAGUCUGGCGCCCCGGACGACGCUGGCCCAGCGCACCCAGGGCAAGUUCACCAUGGCCGGCCCCGACGACAGCCCCCAGAUGCGCCUGGCCCACGAGCCCUUCGUCCAGCCGGGCUACGGCGAUCUCAACCCCUCGUACGAGCAGCCCGCCAACUCCAAGCCCAUCUGGGGUCUGGCCAAGCCGCUGCCCCGCGUGGUGCGGUCCGGCAUGGUGCCCACCAAGGAGGAGCUGAUCGAGGCGCGCCAGAACGCCCAGCUGCCGGCGGAGAACUCGCAGCGCCUGGGGCUGGACGUCGACCCCAACGACCUGGAGCAGGGCCAGAUCGCCAAAACCACCGACCCCCGCAAGAUGGCCGCCCAGGUCGAGGACGCCCGCCUGCAGCGCGAGGCCAACUUCAUGAACAAGAUCCUCAGCGGCGAGGCCGGCACCUCCGUCCGGGGCUCGCGCCUGUCGCGCACCUCGUCGUCGCGCAUCCGGCGCCCCUCGGCCUGGGACCUGCCCCCGGAGAACCUGUCGACGGUGCAGGAGGGCGGCACCCCGGCCACCAGCGAGACCCACGAGGACCCUCCGCACUUCAGUGAAGAGCCCCUGCCGUCCGUCCCCGAGGCGCCCGAGUACCCGGCUGACGAUGAUGCCAAGAUGGACGGCCUGGAUCUGCCGGAUCUGGAGGACAUCGACGCCUCCUACCCGGAGGACCUGCACCCGCUGGUGCAGGAGCUGGUGGAGGACGAGGUGCACAACAACCACACCACCUGGUCGGUGAUCCGCACGCAUCACCGCGAGGCGCUGGCCGAGGCGCUGGGCGUCUUCGUGCAGCUCUUCGUCGGGUUCUGUGCUGACCUGGCCGUCACCUUCGCCGACGCCGGCAACCCCAACUCGACCGACUGGGCCUGGGGCUUCGCCACCAUGCUGGGCAUCUACGUGUCCGGUGGCGUGUCCGGCGCCCACUUCAACCCGACCAUCACCGUCAUGCUGUGGUUCUACCGCGGCUUCCCCAAGCGCCUGAUGCCCGAGUACUUCGCCGCCCAGUUCCUGGGCGCCUUCUGCGCCGCGCUGGCCGCGUACGGCGUCUUCUACGAGUCCAUCCACCACUGGCUGCAGUCCAACCCCACCACCGACAUCAUCACCAGCUUCGUCACCAGCCAGCGCGAGACCUGGAUCGGCCCCGGCACCGCCUUCUUCAACGAGUUCAUGGGCACCGCCAUCCUGACCAUCGUCGUGCUGGCCCUGGGUGACGAUCAGAACGCGCCCCCGGGCGCCGGCAUGAACGCCUUCAUCCCGGGACUUUGGCCCCGACUCGCCCUGCUGGCGCUGGGCUACGGCAAGGAUCUGUUCACCAAUCCGUACUGGUUUUACGGCCCCUGGGUGGGCUCACUCAGCGGCUCGUUCAUGGGGGCCUUCCUGUACGACUUCUUCAUCUUCACCGGGGGUGAGUCGCCCGUCAACUACCCGUGGGAGCGCACGGAGCGGGCGAUGCGCAAGAGCCGCAUGAAGUGGGCGCGCCGGUUGCGUCUCUCUCGCAAGGAUCAGGGGGAGAAGACCGUGCAGUAAUCGGGGAGGAAUUUAAAUGAAUCGGAUCACCAGACUGGAUUCUGUGAUGGUGGCAGUGGUGGUGGUGGUGGUGCUGGUGGUGCUGGUGGUGAGAGGGUGAUUCGGCAGACGGGGACGUAGAUCGUAUAUUCUGGAGUGAUGGUCGGGGAAUACUGACAGGACCGGACCAGCAUUGUGUAUUUCUAAUCAUUUGGAGCUCUCGCGUGUCUAUAUUCUGUGUGAAGUCUUAAUCUGAACAUAUUCUCGG